AACCCUAACGGACAAUGGAGAAAAGGAAAACAAACUUUUCCGAAGAAGAACGCGCCGUGCUCCUGGAGCUUGUUUCGCGCCAUCGCAGCGUGGUCGAGAACAAGAAAACGGACGCUGUAUCCGUCAGUCGAAAACGGGAGUCAUGGAAAAAAAUCGAGGACGAGUUCAACUGCCGCCAUAGCGUGACGCCGCGGACGUGGGGCCAACUUAAAAAGUGUUGGGAAAACCUCAAAGACAAGUGGCGCAGGUGUAACGCGCAAGACAUGCGGGAGCGGUUUUCUACAGGUGGCGGUACACCCUCACCUAGCCAAGCGACCGACGAGCUACAGCAAGUCGGAGCUAUAGCGUCACACAUGGCAGUUCGACUGUCCAAUCUAUUCGACAGCGACCGCAGCGGACAUCACGCUGUGCCAGGCGAAUCGCAGUCAUGCCAAACCCAGUGCACACCUGCUGUCGUUACACUACUGUCGCAGACGCAGAACGGGUCUCUAGGUAGUCAAGACGCGGCUGAUGAGCCCGACUACUGGUCAUGGGAUGAUGCUGGAAGGCCACAAGCAGAACCUGAAACGAAUGCUGCCCCAUUACCGACCACCACAGAGAGCCGAGAGCUCGUUCACGGUACAGCAAGCCCAGAUGCUGUUGUGACAGAGCCAGGUGCUGCCGCAACUUCAAGCGGUCCUGUGCCAGCUGGAACAAGACGCCCCGCGACAAGCAGCAGCCAGAGACAGACGGCGGUCGCCCUUGAACUGGCUGCCCGCCUCAGUGCCAUCAAGGAUGACCGUGAAGAAAAAAAAAAGGAACAUUUAUUGAAAACGAAAUACAUGCGCCUCGAGCACAAAUACAAAUCUUUGCAUAGGCGAGCUGAACAUGAGCAAACUAUGCAGCUUCUUCGGCUUAAAGAAGCCAACCAAAAAACAAAAGCAGAAAUUCUAAAGCUUCAGCUAGAAGCUUUGAAGAAAAAGUAAACGCCUUUGUUAUUGCUGUGA